CGAAGGAGCGCGAGCGAGCGAGCGAGCGUGCGAGCGAGCGGGGCAUUUCUGCGCAGCUCCUGAGCGUCUUGAAGACCGCUCGGGCGGCCACUGGACGAGAGCACCGAGAGACAGACAGACGGACGGCUCCCGGAAGCCGCGCCGCCGCCGCCGCCGCCAGGUUAGCAGGGCGCGGAGACCGCGCAGGCUGUCGCUACGUCCCGAGCCUCGCGUGCUGGAGGACGUGCGUGGCCGGAGCCGGAGCUACAAUUCGUGUCUUAGCGGGUGCCUGGCUGAGGACGUCCUCCCCAGGGAGCCAGUGUGCCGAGGAGGAGGGGCCGUCCAGAUGGAGGGCUUAGAGGAUAUGAAGGCUGCUGCGUGGUCCUGCGGAGCCCCAGAUGCUGACAUCCUGCUGAGCCAGCCCUAGCCCAGGCCACACAGGGCCCCUCUCUGCAGACAGUGGCGGCGUGCUGGUCACCAUGACAACAGAGACAGGCCCAGAUUCUGAGGUGAAGAAGGCUCAGGAGGAGACUCCACAGCAGCCAGAGGCUGCUGCAGCUGUGACCACCCCGGUGACCCCCGCAGGCCACAGCCACCCAGAGACCAAUUCCAAUGAGAAGCAUCUGACCCAGCAGGACACAAGGCCUGCUGAACAGAGCCUAGAUAUGGAGGAAAAGGAUUACUGUGAGGCUGAUGGCCUGUCGGAGAGGACUACGCCCAGUAAGGCCCAGAAGUCACCCCAGAAGAUUGCCAAGAAGUUCAAGAGUGCCACCUGCCGCGUCACCCUGCUUGAUGCCUCUGAGUACGAGUGUGAGGUGGAGAAGCACGGCCGGGGCCAGGUGCUGUUUGACCUGGUCUGUGAGCACCUUAACCUCCUCGAGAAGGACUACUUCGGUCUGACCUUCUGCGAUGCCGACAGCCAGAAGAAUUGGCUGGACCCCUCCAAGGAAAUCAAGAAACAGAUCCGGAGUAGCCCCUGGAAUUUUGCCUUCACAGUGAAGUUCUACCCUCCUGACCCAGCCCAGCUGACAGAAGACAUCACAAGGUACUACCUGUGCCUGCAGCUGAGGGCAGACAUCAUCACGGGCCGCCUGCCUUGCUCCUUCGUCACGCACGCCCUGCUGGGCUCCUACGCUGUGCAGGCUGAACUGGGUGACCAUGAUACCGAGGAGCACGUGGGCAACUAUGUCAGCGAGCUCCGCUUUGCCCCAAACCAGACCCGGGAGCUGGAGGAGAGGAUCAUGGAGCUGCACAAGACAUACAGGGGCAUGACCCCAGGCGAGGCAGAGAUCCACUUCCUGGAGAAUGCCAAGAAGCUCUCCAUGUAUGGAGUUGAUCUGCACCAUGCUAAGGACUCUGAGGGCAUCGAUAUCAUGCUAGGUGUCUGUGCCAAUGGCCUGCUCAUCUACCGGGACCGCCUGAGAAUCAACCGUUUUGCCUGGCCCAAGAUUCUCAAGAUCUCCUACAAGAGGAGUAACUUCUACAUCAAGAUCCGUCCUGGGGAGUAUGAGCAGUUCGAGAGCACCAUCGGCUUCAAGCUCCCUAACCACCGCUCAGCCAAGCGGCUGUGGAAGGUCUGCAUUGAGCACCAUACAUUCUUCCGGCUGGUGUCUCCAGAGCCCCCACCCAAGGGCUUUCUGGUGAUGGGCUCCAAGUUCCGGUACAGUGGGAGGACCCAGGCACAGACUCGCCAAGCCAGUGCCCUUAUCGACAGGCCCGCACCCUUCUUUGAGCGUUCUUCCAGCAAACGAUACACCAUGUCCCGGAGCCUUGAUGGAGCUGAGUUCUCCCGCCCUGCCUCAGUCAGUGAGAAUCACGAUGCAGGGCCUGACGGCGACAAGCGGGAAGAUGAUGCCGAGUCAGGGGGACGUCGAUCAGAGGCCGAAGAAGGAGAGGUCAGGACCCCCACUAAGAUCAAGGAGCUGAAGCCGGAGCAGGAAACCACGCCAAGACACAAGCAGGAGUUCCUGGACAAGCCAGAGGACGUCUUGUUGAAGCACCAGGCCAGCAUCAAUGAACUCAAGAGGACCCUGAAGGAGCCCAAUAGCAAACUGAUCCACCGGGAUCGAGACUGGGAGCGGGAGCGCAGGCUGCCCUCAUCACCCGCCUCCCCCUCUCCCAAGGGCACCCCUGAGAAAGCCAGUGAGGCCCAGAGGAUCCAGGACACUUCUCGGCAGGACUUGGUACCUGGAACAGCAACAGGCUUGGAGAUGUUCACUCAGAAAAGCCUCGCAGCAUCCCCUGAGGGCUCAGAGCAUUGGGUAUUUAUAGAAAGAGUGUACACUAGGCCAGAAGACCUCGGCCUCCUAACAGUGGCCGCCACACAACGGAAAGAAAGUGGAUCAAGCCUCAGUGGGAUCCUUGCUGACGGCAGACUCUCCAAGGUAGACAUUCUGGUGGACAAGUUCAAAGUCGAAGUGGCCACGGAAGAAACAGUGAGAACCAGAAGAACAAGUACUCAACAGCAGGGCAAGAUGCUUGCAAGUCCAGAAGACUUUGAGACCGUGAGAGAGGAAGACCGGGGAGGUCCCGGAGAGGCCACAUCAACUGACAAGCUUCCCGAGGGCUCCAGGCUCAAGCUCAGGAACCACGGAGUCUCAAAUGGUCAACUAGAGAGCCAAGUAGAAUGGGGACUGGAGAGGCCCCAGACCUGGGGAAGACCAACAGCUGCAGGGCUUGGCCCAGUGCAGGGAGAGGUUCUUUCUCCUACAUCAGACAAGGGAGGACUCCAGUCCUUCCUGUUGGAUCCAGCCCAAGCCGAAGCCAGAGCUGACUCAAGCGAUGAGACUGACACCUCCUUCGCAGAAAGGAGCUUCUGUCUGCACUAUGGAGAGAAAGACUCUGAAGACCAGCUUCUCGCCCCACCCUCAGAGCACAGAGAAGAGCACCCAGAUGCCCUUCCUGGAGAUGGGACCUGGUUGGAGCUGGCAGGAGUGCACACAGAGAACUGGGAGCUGAAGUCCUCAGACCCAAGAGCUUCUGCCCCAGGUUCCAGCCAGCAUAAAGACCAAGCCCAUAAGGCUCCCUCAGCAGAAGAAGCCUGGACUCCCAGGGACCAUGGAAGACCUGAUGACCCUCAGGGAGCUGCUGUCGGUCAGACUUUUGAAGAGGUCUGGGAAAACACACAGCAGAGGCUAGAAGGAGAGUUGGUCCAGCCACUGGCCAGUGUAGCUGAAGAUGAGGUCCCCACAAAUAUGGACUGGAUGGGAAAGACUGAGAAAAGUCCCCCAGCAAGAAGGAAGAAGAGCCCCCCUGGUAGAGGAGGAGGGGUGCACCUAGACGCCCAGGCUUGUGCCCUUCUGAGGACCAUCCCUCCUUGUGUCAGGAAGCCAGCCAGGCCAGACCAAGGCAGCUUCCUGCCCAAAGAGAAGGGGACAGUUUCCCCUCCUGCAGUAGAACCUGAGACAGAGGACAGGGAGACAGUCAGCCCCCUGCCAGUCUCCUCUGGUCACACUGAGGUUCUGGCAGCUAUGGAGGGCACCUCUCUAAGCCCACUACCUCCUGGGUCAAGGGGGCCUUCAGAGUCCAGGGAAUUCUUUAGAGACCAGUUCCCUGUAGUUCUCAAAUAUAUCCAUCUUCCUGAAGAGAGCCCAGUACCCAAGGACCCACACGGUGACCGCAAAGCACCUCCAGUUGCCAGCAAGAAGCCCAGGUUUGUCCCUGAAGGAAGUGAGGAACCUGUACUCCUGGGUGAAUUGAUGUUCCCUUCAGGAAAGCAGGAGACUUCACUCCAGGACUGGGACCAAGGGGAUUCCCAGGAAGAUAUUAGCAAGACCUCAGUGGCUAACAAAAUUCGGAUAUUUGAGACCCAUGGAGCUGAGGCUUGCCGAGCCAGUCAGGGUGAAAUGAGGAGCCUUCCACAUGAGCUGCCUUCAGGAGCUUCCCCAGGACAGGUAGAACAGCAAGAUAAUCUUCUAGACUUGGGCUUUGUCCAACUCCAGCCCCCUGGGGACUUGGCCACCCCAACUACCUACCACCAGGAAAGAUGCACAGACCCAGAGCUCGUGUCCCCUGAUUCAGGCUGUGAAACCACGCUGGAGGAAGCUACUGGGAGCAAAUCCGGAGACGCGGGCAGGGAAGACAAGAGCUCCUUCCGCCGCUUAGCGCCAAACACCCCUGGAAAGGGGGGGCGUCUGAGAUUCGCCAGCCCUCCAGGCCCUCAGAGAGCAGGGCUGAGGGAGGGCUCGGAGGAGAAAGUCAAACCGCCACGCCCACGUGCCCCAGAGAGUGACACGGGAGAUGAGGACCAGGACCAGGAGAGGGAUGCGGUAUUCUUGAAGGACAACCACCUGGCCAUUGAACGCAAAUGCUCCAGCAUAACGGUCAGCUCCACGUCCAGCCUGGAAGCUGAGGUGGACUUCACGGUUAUUGGUGACUACCACGGGGGCGCCUUUGAAGACUUCUCCCGAAGCCUCCCUGAGCUCGAUCGGGAUAAAAGUGACUCUGAGACAGAGGGCCUGGUGUUCGCCAGGGACCUCAAGGGGCCCUCCAGCCAAGAGGAUGAAUCUGGGGGCAUCGAGGACAGCCCGGAUCGAGGGGCCUGUUCUACCCCAGAAUUGCCCCAGUUUGAGUCUGUGAAAGCAGAAACCAUGACCGUCAGCAGUCUGGCAAUCAGGAAGAAGAUCGAGCCAGAGGCCAUGCUGCAAAGCAGAGUCUCCACUGCAGACAGCACCCAGGUUGAUGGAGGUGCUCCAGCGGCGAAAGACUUCAUGACAACUCCCCCCUGCAUCACCACAGAGACCAUCUCGACCACUAUGGAGAACAGUCUCAAGUCCGGGAAGGGGGCAGCUGCCAUGAUCCCAGGCCCACAGACGGUGGCCACGGAAAUCCGUUCUCUUUCACCGAUCAUCGGGAAAGAUGUCCUCACCAGCACGUACGGCGCCACCGCGGAAACCCUCUCAACCUCCACCACCACCCAUGUCACCAAAACUGUGAAGGGAGGGUUUUCUGAGACAAGGAUCGAGAAGCGAAUCAUCAUUACUGGGGAUGAAGAUGUCGAUCAAGACCAGGCUCUGGCUUUGGCCAUCAAGGAAGCCAAACUUCAGCAUCCAGACAUGCUGGUAACCAAAGCUGUUGUCUAUAGAGAAACAGACCCAUCCCCGGAAGAGAGGGACAAGAAGCCACAGGAAUCCUGACCUCUGUGAAGAGAUGCUGGCGUGUCUGGUCCAACCCAAGCCAGAGAAUCAUUAAGAAGGGGCCUUCAUUCUGGAUUCUCCGACAAUACCAACAUCCCAGCUGCGACGUACUGUCACUGACGAGAGACUGGGAAGGGAAAGCAUAUAUAUAUAGAUAUAUAGAGAUAUAGAUAUAUAUACAGGAAACACCGCGUCCUUGCACCGCUGCUGGGGCUGGCGGAGCAGUCAGCUGAUGGCCACAACCAACAUCGGCAACAACCUUCAUUUCCUUUGCAGGCAAAUUGAAUUGGUGGGAACUUUUUUUUUUCCUUCAGGAAAAUGUAUAACAAUCAUAAUCUCUCGCUCCCCAAGCCCCUUCUUCUGCAAACUACAAAAGCAGACCGAGAUGAUUGUAGACAUUCCCUUGAACCCCGGCUGCACAGACUCCAGGAUGGAUGAGCGCCCCAUCUGUUCUCCAGCCUCUGUUGCUCUCUCUAAUGCAAAGGAGGAAAGAAACAAGAUCGUGUAGCCAAGCCAGAGAAGCCACAGCAGCAAGACACGCAGAGUCGGCUGUUUUCCAAGAAUGGAAGUCUGCCACACAGGGAGGAGGAGGAGGAGGAGGAGGAGGAGGAGGAGGAACACUCAAUUGUUCUUUUCUGGGUCUUGACACUGGGCUGCGAAAUCCCCUCUCUGUUCUUCGGCCUCCCUGCUUCACCCUUGACUUCUACUCAUCCUCUGUUCAUUUUCUGUCUCGGCUCCCCUCUUCCUCUCUCCCCAACCCUCCUGUUCUGUGUCCUGGUCCUGCCGAGGACCACUGCAGAUAACUCUCGUUGGAAGGAGAAGAAGCUAUGAGAGCAAAAGGAAGUCACGGGAAGGGAAGUAGACAUUGUAUGUUUCUGGUUUCCCAUGAUAGAGGUGCAGCUCGUAGGAGAUUAUAUGACUGUGAUUUUAAGUAUGUAUAUUACAUGUAACAGGAAAACAAACAUUAAAAUAAACUGUGCUGGUAAGUAUGCAGCUGACACUUCCAAGUUAUAAUUACCUGACUGUGAUUGGUGUAUCCUAAGGUUCCUAGAUCUUGCCAAACUGGCCCAGCCAAGAACACUGGACUCUGGGUGUGGCCAGCUCCCAGUAGGGCUGACAGAUUCAGUGUAGUGAAACUGUGUGUGAAACUGUGUAACUGGGUGAUUGGUGGGGAGAGUGGAGAAGCCCUCCAUGGAGAGGUGAGGGUUCGGCCAGAAGGGAGCAACACAGACGUAAUCCUGCGUAUGCCAGGCCAAAAUGCCUUCUCCCCAGCAGUAGCUCUCAGGGCCUGGUCUGUGCUCAGGGCGCUGCUGCUGAGGUCCCGUGGGUCAGCUCUCCUACCUCCGGGGGGCUUGCCUUGGUUUUUUCGGUUCUCUCUUUCUGUUUUACUAUUACCAGGGUCUUUGUUUGGGUUCGUAUGCUGCCAUGUCUUGCCCUGCUCUUCAGCACCUGGUCACAAUUAGUUCUUUCUCUAAAGGGAGGUGGUGCCCUGGCUGAGGUGGAGAGCAGCGAGACACUAACCUGGCUUUCUGAAAUGGCCAGCCGGUCUUUCCCCUCUGCCUCUGUCCAUCUUGUGAAUCAUCCUCUUCUUCCUGAGCUAAAGUAGUCACGAUAAAGAGGCCACGAACACAAGGAAGGCCAUGAUAGGCCCACUCUGUGUUUCCAAAGGCCUCAGCGCUCCUUAAACAACAGCAGGUGUGGAAGUGUUGCCCCUGGCUCUAUCUGCAUUAGACCCUGGCUUGCAGUACCUCAGUCAGUCAGUAUUCAAGCUCAGAAAUGGCCUUGAGGUGACAGGAGCCCUUGGAGAAAACCCUGCCACGGGUUGCUAUUUCAGUCUGGCGCACACAGACUUUCUCUGGCUUGCUCGCAAUGACUCUCCCUUUCUGAGUGAAAGUAUCCCACAGCAAUCCCAUCUCACUUCCUGUUCUGCUAAGGCAGUUCAUACAUUAGUCAACAAAUGUUCAUGACUUGCCUGUUUGUGUCAGGCUUUGUUCAAGGCGGAAGGAAAGGAGGGACCUGGGAAGUCACUGGACAAGCCUGUCCCUAACCGUAGUAGCUGGCUCAUUUCAGAACACUUCUUUACUCCCUCCACCUGAUUAGACAUUUCCCAGAAAUGUCUUUCAGAGAACCCAGGCUGGAUGUGCCCUCUUGGCUUACUUAUUAGUUACUCUUACGACGUACACCUUACCUACUCACAGGUGCUGGCCUGACACAGGACAAGAAGCUAGGAUAGCUUAUGUCUCUGUGGCAGCUGAGAAGAGCAAGGCUCUUAGACAGCAGAGUCAGCCAUAUGCCCCUGGUGCAGGCUGCUAGGUCUGAUCCGCUCCAGUGUGGCAGCGUAUUGUCUCUGCUCCAGGAUCUUUGGCCAUUCUUGAUGGAGAAGCCACAGAACUUCCUUCCUGCUCUUCACGGCAUGCAAGCUCCCACUGCUUCUCUGAUCCCCUUAGAAUCAGGCUCAGGUCUCACCUGCUUUUGCAGGAACUCCCCGGCCUGUAAACACAGGACAUACAUACCUCAGAGGGGGCGUCUUUGUUCAGAGAGCUGUACCUGCUCUGAAUGUGGGCUACAGGGCAAGGACGAAAUGACCCAGCUUAGCUCGUGUGAGGUUAGGGUUUGGGAAGAUGCUUACUCCAUGGAUGUUCCAAGAGGCAGUCAGCACCCCGCCUAGGGAGGAGGGGACCUGCAAAACUAAAAUCUAGGGCACUGUCUCCUCCCCCUCCUCCACUUCAUAGAGAAUAAGGACAUUGUGUUGUCUGACUUCAGCCUACUUCUUCUUUUGCCUUUUUUGUGUGUCUCAUUGUAUCUGUGGCACCUUGCUAUCCGGGGGUCCAGGUAACCGAGUGGGAAAAGCCUCAGAGAGCAGCCAGGGUUCCAGAUGACCGUCCUGAUGCAACUCCUGACCCACCACGUGACACUGGGCUACCCCGUCCCGUGUACCUCAGCAAGCAGGGCAAACUAGUUGCACCCUGAGGCUUCUUCCCACGCUGUGUCUCAUGCACCUUUGUUUCCCCCACGUUCGCUUCCUGUGAAUCUUUUCCACACAAGGGUACAGGAAGUGCCAGGACCUGUUUCAGUUUCUGAAUCCUGCAAGCACACACGAAGACUGGCCUGAAAUUGCAUGAGCAAACAUCACUCUAGAUAUCUAUUUUUUUUCCAAAAGCACCUUACCAGCCAACUGCAAUGCUGUUCUGUUCCUUUUCACCCACUCCCCUCUCUCCUCUCUCGUCCCCACGCUCUCCCACCUCAGUGCUCCGUGCUGUAUGCGUGUGCUCUCUGUUCUUGUAUACUCAAUAAAAGUGAAAUAAAUGUGUUUGAUGCUGAA